AUGUGGAAAUUGUCAACCGGUACUGUUGUCGAAGAAAAGAUGAGAGAACGGGCAUUAAAAGAAGAUUAUGAGCAUUUGGUACAUUCGUUUAUUUUCAAUAUAAGAGACAAGGACUGGCUGGAUUAUUUCAGUGAAUCUGAAUUAAAAGAAAUCCAAGAGUACAAUGCUGUGGAAUUGCCACCUGUUUCUGAAGAGGUAGAAGAAUAUUUGAAUGAGUUGAAGGGACUUUCAACAACAAGUUUGUAUACAAAGGUCUCCUCGGAAGAAUUGGAUCUAAGGACAGACGCGAAAUGGGUCCAAGAUGUGUUCUUACAAGCAUUCCGUUUGUUGCAGUCUGGCUUUGUGCCUAUUAGUAAUAUUACGGAAGGUGGAUUGUUAAAACGUGUGUGGGCCUGCAUCGAUGCUUGUUUCGACUUUUCAAAUAUUACAUGUAUAAGUUUGUUGUCACGACAAAAAUCUGGUCGUAAAAUGGAUCAUUUAUUUUUGUAUAAAAAUAAUGAGCUGGGAUGCGGCGAAUGUGGUUUAGUUGGAGGUGUGAAUACCACAAAAGAGCUCUCUGAUGCCAACUUUAAAAUGCCAAGAGUGAUGAGAGAUAUGUUGAUAAAGUUGGUGGGCUUAUCGCCGGCUUUGAAGAGAAAUCCUGUAAUUACAGGAUUUUAUAUUGAAGAAAUGAAAUUGAAGAUGGUGGUGUUGGAUAGCCCUUGUGGUUAUGUAACAAGAUAUGAUGUUAUGAAUGAUUCGUUGUAUCCUGAAGAUAAAUGCCAGCUGUAUCGAAAAUUGUCUGUUGUUGUUCGAGUUAUUGUUGGUGCUAGAAAGUUGAUGGAGCAAACUGCGUUCAAGCUGAUGAAUGAUACAACAGAAAUUUCGGUUGGAAAACAUCAAGUAGAACAUAUGAUACCUAGUUUUAUAUCUAAUUCUAGUAAUAAGAAGCGUAAGCAAGAAUUGUAA